AUGCUUGAAGUCCCUCUCACCUCUCAGGACAUGGCUUCUCAGACACCCUCUCGAAGUCCUCCUCGACGGGAAGGUCACAAUGACCGGCGAGACAGAAAACCAGCAUCCAGAAAAUUGCGGCAAAAAGGCAACGAUGACUUCGAGGACCGCUGGGGCGACGAGGAGUUUGUGGAAGAAGAGGAGUUCGAAGAGUCACCCCCAAAGAGAGUCCGCCUUGGUGAUGGGGUCGCAGCUCCUGCUCAACCGCCAGAGGAGGAACUUGACGAGGAGACACGAAGGGAGAGGGAAAUGGAAAGAGACCAGCUGGAGAAGGACGAAUUUGCCAGGCGGCUGAAUCUCAAGGACGCUGAGAAGACGAAGAAGCUUGUUGAGGAUCGAUCAUCUACGAGGGAAGGCAAGGAGGUGGCUAAGCGGCGAGCGCUGGCUGAAGAUGCAGCAGCGAGACAGGCGGCAAUGCCAGACCUGAGGGAGAGGUCUAGGCAAGAAUAUCUCAAAAAACGAGAAACGGAGAGACUGGCCUUGCUACGCAAACAAAUUGCCGAAGAGACGACAGAACUCCGAAGCAACCCGGACUUGACAAGGAGGGAAAAGGAUGAAUUCGCGAAGAACAGGGAGGUUCUUCGUAUCGCGGAGGAGAGGCUACGGAUCGAUGACCACAGGGACGGAUACACAAUGCCCGAGGACUACAUCACGGAGAAAGGCAAGAUUGACAGGAAGAAGAAAGAGGAAGCCCUCUACAAGCGUUAUGUGGACAAGGACGAGCACGGCCAGGAGAGAUAUGUUACAGAGCAGGAGGAGUGGGAAAAGGAACAGACGGCGAAGGCGAAGGCCCAGAUCUCUCAAAGCGAAAGGGUAGAUGAGGGGGACUAUGAUUAUGUAUUCGAUGAUGCCCAGAAGAUCAACUUUGUCAUGGACACCAGGCUGGACAGUGACGCGAAGCCCCUGACAAAAGAGCAAAGAGCGCUGCAGGAACAAUUGAAAGCUGCUGAGGCGAAGGCUUUCUCGAUCGAAGACACACGAAAGAGUCUGCCCAUCUACACUUUUAGAGACGACCUCCUCAAGGCCAUCGGAGAAUAUCAGGUCCUCAUCAUCGUCGGAGAAACAGGCAGCGGAAAGACGACUCAGAUACCUCAAUACCUCCACGAAGCUGGAUACACAAAAGAUGGUCUCAAAGUUGGAUGCACUCAGCCUAGGCGAGUGGCUGCUAUGAGUGUUGCAGCGCGUGUUGCGGAGGAGAUGGGAGUCAAGGUUGGAAACGAGGUGGGCUACUCGAUACGCUUUGAGGACGCCACGUCCGAUAAGACGAUUCUGAAAUACAUGACAGAUGGUAUGCUACUGAGGGAGUUCUUGACUGAGCCAGAUCUGGGAGCAUACUCGGCGUUAAUGAUUGACGAAGCCCACGAAAGGACGCUGCACACGGAUAUUCUCUUCGGGCUCGUCAAAGACAUUGCAAGAUUCAGGCCAGAGCUGAAGCUUCUGAUAUCUUCGGCGACCAUGGACGCCCAGAAGUUCGCCAAAUACUUCGACGACGCCCCGAUUUUCAACAUACCUGGGCGAAGAUACCCCGUCGACAUCCACUACACUCCGCAACCAGAAGCCAACUACCUCGCUGCCGCCGUCACUACCAUCUUCCAAAUCCACAUCACACAGCCAAGAGGAGACAUUCUGGUGUUCUUGACGGGUCAAGAAGAGAUCGAGGCAGCCGAGUUAAAUCUACAGGAGACUGCGAGGAAGCUGGGGUCCAAAGUACCUGAGAUGAUCAUAUGUCCAAUCUACGCUAAUCUUCCUUCUGAACUACAAAGCAAGAUCUUUGAGCCGACACCUCCGAAAGCUAGAAAGGUCGUCCUAGCCACCAACAUUGCUGAAACUAGUCUCACAAUCGACGGUAUUGUCUACGUGAUAGAUCCAGGCUUCGUGAAGGAGAACGUCUAUAAUGCGAGAACUGGCAUGGAAUCACUGGUAGUCACUCCCUGCUCACGGGCUUCCGCAAACCAAAGAUCUGGUAGAGCUGGGCGAGUUGCUCCCGGGAAAUGCUUUCGCCUGUAUACCAAGUUCGCUUUCCACAACGAGCUCGACGAUUCGACUAUGCCUGAGAUUCAACGGACGAACCUCAACAGCGUGGUGCUUUUGCUGAAGUCUCUUGGCAUCAACGACCUCAUGGAGUUCGACUUCAUGGAUGCUCCACCUGCUGAAACUCUCAUCCGCGCCCUCGAAAAUCUCUACGCCCUCGGCGCUCUGAACGACAAGGGUGCCUUGACCAAGCUUGGGCGUCAGAUGGCAGAGUUCCCAACAGACCCCAUGCUAGCCCGCUCCAUCCUCGCCGCCGACAAGCAGGGUUGCGUUGAAGAAGUGCUCUCCAUCAUCGCCAUGCUCGGCGAAUCCGCGUCCCUCUUCUACCGCCCCAAAGAUAAGAAGAUACUGGCCGACAGUGCCCGCGCACGCUUCACUAUCAAGGAAGGUGGUGAUCACUUCUCCCUACUCAACAUCUGGAACCAAUGGGUCGAUAGCGACUUCAGCUAUGUCUGGGCGCGCGAGAACUUCCUCCAGCAACGGAGCCUUACCCGCGCUCGAGACGUUCGAGAUCAACUUGCCAAGCUCUGCGACAGAGUGGAAGUCACCAUCACCUCCGUCGGCGCUCAGGAUCUCGUGCCCGUCCAGAAAUCUCUCACGGCCGGGUUCUUCCCCAACGCAGCGCGCUUGCAGAAAGGUGGAGACAGCUACCGCACCGUGAAGAAUAGCAUGACGACGUACCUCCAUCCUAGCAGCACCCUGUUCGAGGUGAAUCCGAAAUGGAUCAUCUUCUACGAGCUCGUGCUCACGUCGAGGGAGUACAUGCGAGGCAACCUUCCGAUACAGGCAGAGUGGUUGGCAGACGCGGCACCGCAUUAUCAUAAGAAGAAAGAUCUGGACGCGUUGGGGACGGAUAGGAAGAUGCCAAAGGGGCAGGGGUCCGCGGGCGCGAAAAGUAAGAUAUAA